AGCGUUUGAUGGUGAGAAGAGCCUGGACACCAAGAAGCACAUACCAUACUGGUUCUUCAGACUUCAUUGUUUCUCCUGAACUCAGCCCUGGGCCUGGUAGAGAGGUGAGAGAGAGGAGGAGAGAGAACUCUCAUCACCAGAUCUUCAGGAUGGAUACAACGUGGACAACUGUGCCACCGUGUGUAUCGUGGAAGAGGCCGUAGAACAGACCCUGGCGAAACCUGACUCCUGUGGUGGGGGGGUGUGCUCGGGGCGAUGCGGUGCCCCACCCUGCUGGCCCUGCUGGCAGGGGUCAUGCUAUACCUGGUGAUAGGGGCGCUGGUGUUCCGGACCCUGGAAAGCCCCCAGGAGAGCAAGGAGCACGAGAAGCUACUCCGUACCACACGUGACUUCCUCCAAAACCACUCCUGUGUCACCGCACAGAACCUCAGCGAUCUCAUCAUGAGUGUGGUGAAGGCGGUGGAGGCAGGCCUGGAUGUCAAACACAGCUCCACCAACUUCACUAGCAGGUGGGACCUGGCCAGCGCCUUCUUCUUCUGUGGUACCAUCAUCACCACCAUCGGGUUUGGCAACCUGUCUCCCAGGACCAAAUGGGGCCAGCUGUUCUGCGUGUGUUAUGCCCUGGUAGGGAUCCCUAUGUUUGGUUUCCUGCUGGCUGGUGUCGGGGACCACAUGGGGACGGGGCUGAGGAAGGCCGUGUGGAAGAUGGAGACGCUCUUCCUGAAGCGGCGGGUCAGUCCCACUUAUGUGCGGGUCAUGUCUGCUGUUCUGUCCAUCCUGAUUGGCUGUCUGAUCUUCCUCGCCGUGCCAACGCUGGUGUUUAAGGAAGUGGAGGACUGGUCCUUUCUGGAGGCGCUCUACUUUGUGGUCAUCACCCUGACCACGGUCGGCUUCGGAGACUAUGUAGCAGGUGCUAACCGGCGGGACGGAGAUCUGUUUAAGCCACUGGUGUGGCUCUGGAUAGUGUUUGGCCUGGCUUACUUUGCUUCCAUACUCACCAUGAUCGGGAACUGGCUGCGGGUGCUGUCCAAGAAAACACGUGCUGAGAUGGAGGAGUUGAGGGCCCAUGCUACAGACUGGACACAGAACAUCCAGAACAUGUCCAUGGACUUCCGGAUCCCCAACCCUCUGGAACUCAACGACCCCUUCCUGCUGCAGCGGCGCCGCUGGAGACGCAGCACCCGGCAACGGGUCCGCAGGGGAGCGCUGGGGCACCGCGGCAGGCAGGGCGUCAUAGGGGAGAACGGACAUCUGCCUAAUAGGUGGGUCACACGAUCCAUGACCCGUCUGGAGGUCGUGAGGUUAGGGGGGGGUGAGGUUAGGACUGAAGGGGUGAGGUUAGGACCAGGGAUGGGGCUAGGGGUAGGUUUGAGGGCAGAUUGCAGGGUCAAUGCGAGGUCAGAGGGCCGGACGGUUGCGAGGUCACUGUCGAUGCCUUCGGCGCGCUCCGUGAUGGAGUUAGACUAUGACCCUGAUCCUGUUGCGAUAAUGAUGAUGCCAUGGGAGUCGGGCUCUGUGUCCGAGUCUCCAGAGUCUGACUCCAGAUCAGUUGUCUCCUCCUCUGACUCUCACACCUCUGACAUGUGUAUGCCAGUGCGGAGGAUGCCUUUUGCUGGUUUUGACCCCAGUGGGUCUCUCUGUACUGAACAGAGGGGACGCCAUGGAGGAUCCAGGCUGGUAUAUUUCAGGGAGGACGUCCGGUUCCCUGUGCCUCUCCAGCAACUCCCCAAGUCACCCAACUCCACCAUGCCGCUCCCCAUGCCGCUCCCCAUGCCCCCUUUGCCCACCCCGUCAGGCUGCAAGAUGCUAGAUUUCUUCGGGGAGAACUUGGCCUACAUCGACGAGUCGUCGGACACGCUAAGUGAUCGGAACCAGACGGUUGAGGGAGGUGUCAUUCCUCGUCCCCGGAUACACCGCAUGAGGAGGCAGCUGAAGGAGAGGAGGGACAGCGACAUGCAGCCCCCCUCUAACCCACCGACUCCUCCCCCUCUUUCCCAUCUCAGAGACUGACACCGUGACAUGCAGCCCCCCUCUAACCCACCGACUCCUCCCCUCUUUCCCAUCUCAGAGACUGACACCGUGACAUGCAGCCCCCUCUAACCCACCGACUCCUCCCCCUCUUUCCCAUCUCAGAGACUGACACCGUGACAUGCAGCCCCCCUCUAACCCACCGACUCCUCCCCCUCUUUCCCAUCUCAGAGACUGACACCGUGACAUGCAGCCCCCUCUAACCCACCGACUCCUCCACC